AAAAAUUGCAUUGAAAAAAAAUUUAUUAAAACAAAAAAUCGUUGAAUAAUUUUUAGAGAAUGCAACAACUAACACAGUAAACAAAAUACUGCUGGGGCUAGCAGAGUGGCAGUUUGUUGUAUAGCAUACUGACGUUUUUGUGUGUUUUAAUGGGAAUAUGGCAUCGGGUACAAUUUUUUUCAAGGUGACAGACUCUACUAUAAGCUCUGAAUGCUAGUAGCUUACCUACUAGCUGAGCUGCCGUUCGUUCGUUGUGUUGAGUGUGCUGGCUGCAGUUUUAGAAAAAUUGUUUACAUACUCAUACUCUUGUUGUUACGUUACACUAUUGUUUCGUUGUUGUUUUUUUUUUUUUUUGUCAAAAUGCAUUCAUAAACAAUUAAAUAUAAGAGAGUUUUUCUAUUAUAUUCCAUGAAACAAAACAAAAAAAGCACAAAAAUCCACCAAGUCAGUAAAAAAAAACUGAUUUAAGUUUCUGCUUACUGUCGCCCAUACCUAUACUUACACCACCCUUCUCUUUACCCGUGUCCGACGCCACCUCCUCUCACCGCGCCGCCCCACUGUGCCUAACCCGCGCCCCGUGAAGCUAAAAAAAAAAAAGUAUUUUUUUGCUGCUUAAUGCAUUCAUUUUGUUGCAGUGAAGUAUUGUUUUUUUUUUGUUCUUCUUGGAAAGUGUACAUAUUCACGGGUGCUGUACUAUAGUGUAUAGAGAGGAGUGUGAUGUUCUUCGCUGUGCAGUGACCUCUUUUUUUUAAAUUUUAAAUGAAAAACAGCUAAGAAGUAGGUAGUAGAAAAAAAAAAGAACAAAAAAAAAAACAAAACUUAAAUUACACAAAACCUCUUCCGAGUUGAGAAAUAUAGUACAUAUAUAAAUUAGCAAGCUGGAACCAUAUGAGCUAAGUACGAUGUACACGUAUGCAUCGCCACCACCACCCGAUGGUGGGGUUGUUGGUCAUCCUGCCGCCCAUCAUCAUUAUGGUAUAUCGCCGGCAUAUUUACAAGCAGCAGCAGCAGCAGCUACAUCAUCAUCAUCGCCUCACCAUCAACCAACGACGCAUCAUAAUUUAAGUAGUCCUAGUCCCUUGUCGACGGCCUCCACAUCGAUAUCAACAAUUGGGGCAGCUGUUGCUGGUGGAAUGGUUGCCCCAAAUCAUAAUUCACAUAUUAGUAAUGUUGUUGUACCUUCGCCAGGAUCAAAUUUAUCUGGGAAUUCAGUAACGGGUGGUGAUUUAGGAGGAGGUGGUGGAGGUGGAAUGGGAUCUAAUAUGCAUGUUGAUUUACAUCAUCAUGUUGAUUCACAACAACAACAACAACAACAACAACUUACGGAACUAUCUGCCUCACAAUCAAAAAGAAGAAGAUCAGAUGAAGAAGAGCCAAGCGCUAAUAAGUACAACAGAAUGGAUGAUGAAAAUAUACAAGAUAAAGAGCGGUUCGCUAGUCGAGAGAACCACUGUGAGAUCGAAAGAAGGCGUAGAAAUAAGAUGACUGCAUACAUAACAGAAUUAUCGGAUAUGGUGCCAACAUGUAGUGCUUUAGCAAGGAAACCUGAUAAAUUGACAAUACUGCGUAUGGCGGUGGCACAUAUGAAAGCUCUUAGAGGAACCGGCAACACCAGUAGCGAUGGAACUUACAAGCCAUCAUUUCUUACGGACCAGGAACUUAAACAUUUAAUAUUAGAAGCCGCUGAUGGUUUUCUUUUUGUUGUAUCAUGUGAUUCUGGUAGAGUUAUUUAUGUAUCGGAUUCAGUAACGCCGGUAUUGAAUUACACUCAAUCGGAUUGGUAUGGCACAAGUCUAUACGAUCACAUACAUCCCGAUGAUCGUGAGAAAAUUCGCGAACAACUUUCCACACAAGAACCGCAAAAUACUGGACGUAUAUUAGACCUCAAAACCGGCACAGUGAAGAAAGAAGGACAUCAAUCUUCAAUGAGACUAAGUAUGGGUGCUAGACGUGGCUUUAUCUGUCGCAUGCGUGUUGGAAAUGUUAAUCCAGAAUCAAUGGUUGCUGGACAUUUGAAUCGUUUAAAGCAACGCAACUCACUAGGUCCAUCACGUGAUGGACAAAAUUUUGCUGUUGUUCAUUGUACGGGCUACAUCAAAAAUUGGCCACCAACCGAUAUGUUCCCUGGCGUACACAUGGAUCGAUCCGGUGAUGAUGAUGUUCAUUCAUCACAUUGUUGUUUAGUUGCGAUAGGACGAUUGCAAGUAACAUCAACAGCAUCAUCGGAUUUAACCAGUUCCAAUAACCAAUCGGAAUUUAUUUCACGUCAUGCCAUGGAUGGAAAAUUUACCUUUGUCGAUCAACGAGUCUUGAAUAUUCUCGGUUAUACACCAACUGAUUUAUUGGGCAAGAGUUGUUAUGACUUUUUUCAUCCUGAAGAUCAUAGUCAUAUGAAGGAGAGUUUUGAGCAAGUGCUUAAGCAAAAAGGUCAGAUGUUUUCGCUGAUGUAUCGCUUUAGAGCGAAAAAUCGAGAUUAUGUUUGGUUGCGAACUCAGGCAUAUGCCUUCCUCAAUCCCUAUACUGAUGAGGUGGAGUAUAUUGUUUGUACAAAUAGUUCAGGAAAAACAAUUCAUUCCACUGGUCAUGAGAAUACAACACCAGAUCAUUCAGAGCAUGUGUAUGUAACACCAGGAGUUGAUUACACUCUGCCACAGAAUGCCCGUCGGGAUCAAACUCCAAAUGCUUCAGCUGGCGGCGGUGGUACUCCUCAGGUUGUGUAUAAUACUCACAGUAUGAUUGGAGGACACAUACAACAAGGACAAAAUAAUGUACAACGUCCAGCAAGUGCACAAAAUCCUGUACCUUAUAAUUAUGAAACAGCGACGCAUUCACCAUUAGGAUAUGGAUCACCUGGUGCUCCAACAGCUAAUGCAGCCCACCUCGCAAGAAUACCAAAAGCAAAUACAUCGCCAACACCAGCAGCGGCUGCUUGGUCUCUGAGACAACAGCAGCCAGUCACAGAAGGCUAUCAAUACCAACAGAUGAGCCCGUCUAGAUCACCGAGUGGGCCAACAUAUACCCAGCUAAGUGCUGGCAAUUCUCGUCAGACAACAGCAUACCAUACAAGUGCUCAAACUCCACAAUCAAAUGCCGGAAUCUGGGGAUGGCAGAAUUCUGGUCAAACCGCAGAUCCUGGACCUGGUUCAAGUGGAUCUGGUGGAGGACAUCCCCCGCCAGUCGGAAGUCAAUCACAUCAUCCGCCUCACGUUCAAGGGCAACCACAAGAACUUUCUGAUAUGUUGCAGAUGCUAGAUCAGAGUGGAACCACUACUUUCGAGGAUCUCAACAUCAACAUGUUUAAUACGCCAUUCGAAUAAUAAGAAAAACUAAAAAAAAAAAAGAAAACCUCCAUUUGUCUUAAAAAGCUUCUAACAGCUUCUAUUGGCUGAUGCAACGAGUCUUAAUCAAGUCUCUUUCUAUUUUUUACAAUAAGGACGACAUCGAGAACAGACUUGUUGUUGAGUUAACAGGAUCUGUAUGUACAUCUCAUAAACAAAACAAAACUUAGAUAUAUAUGUAUAUUUAAAGAGAAUUAAAAAAAAAGGAAUAUUGAAAAGGCAUUUUUUUCGCUGCAUUUCAAAAAAAAAAAAAAAAAAAAAACAAACAAACAAACCAACUGGUUGAAAAAACCUUUCUUGGUUUAAUUCCUAGUUUAAAAAACAAAUUAUGAACUUUUUUUAAUUGUAUACACGACACGCACAGUUUAUCCAAUUUUUCUUCUCAUAACGGCUAUUUAGUGCAAUCAUUGUAUUUUAUUUUUAAUUUUUUUAUGGAAAUCAUUAUAUUUUUUUCUACAUCCAGAUUGACAUGAAUAAUUCCAAUAAAAUUACAUUUUUUACGAUAGAAAGCAUAAUCAUGACAUCUAUGCUUUUGACUCUUCAUGAAAAUACCAUCUCUCGCUAGCAUUUAGCAGCGACUCAAUUCACACUCUGGGAGGAAAAA